AUGUCUAAGGAAACUCGUUUGAAUGAUGAGGACGCCCCUGUUUCCCCAGAGAUAGAAGGACAUGUCGUUGAUGCUGAGACGCCGGACAAUCCCGCCCCUAUCUCAAAUUCUGAGAAGGGGCCUUAUUGUGAACCUGAGGAGGUCGCAGAGCAGGAUAUUCAGCGGCCUGCUGGUUCACCUGAUCCGGAAUCCUCAUCGCGGGUGCAUUCUAUAUUCACGCCCGCCCAGAGAAGCUACAUAGCAGUCUCGAUAACAUUGGCAGCGUUUUUUUCACCGGUUUCGACAAAUAUUUAUCUCCCAGCCCUAAAUACUCUUGUCGGAGAACUCUCAGUAUCGAUUUCUCUUAUGAAUUUGACUCUUACAUCGUAUCUGAUAUUCCAAGCCCUAGCACCAAUGUUUAUGGGAGAUUUCGCUGAUACAGCUGGUCGACGACCGGCCAUACUACUCUGUUUUGCCAUAUCCGUCGCCGCAAGUGUCGGCCUGGCAUUACAAACCAAUUACCUUGCAUUGUUUAUACAUCGUUGCGUGCAAGCAGUGGGAAGCAGUCCGACAAUCGUCCUUGCGACAGGAGUUGUUGCAGAUGUAGCAACUUCGGACCAAAGAGGAACAUAUAUAGGCUGGAUUACCGCUGGCGCCUUGUUGGGCCUGGCUAUAGGCCCUGUGGUAGGCGGUGUGCUGACACAGCAUCUGGGCUGGAGAGCUAAUUUCUGGUCCCUGGCCAUAUUCAGUGCUGCCUUCCUUGUAUCGUUCGCAAUAUUUUUCCCAGAAACCGGGAGGCAUAUCGUGGGGGAUGGCUCACACCCGCCUCAGAAAUGGAAUAUCUCCGUCAUUACGUACCUGGCUCGUAAAGCGGUCCGUAGAGCCGAAGACUCCAGUGUUGCCUUUCAAGCACCGACAGACGCUCCCAGAAGGCCAAAGCUCCGCUUCCCCAAUCCCAUCAAGUCCCUCGUCAUCCUGCGUGAGAAAGACACCUUAAUCAUUAUUCUAACGAACGCCAUAAUGAUUGGCUCCUUCUACGAUAUCAACGUCUCCGUCACUUCCCUCUUCCACGACAUCUAUGGGUACAACGACUUCCAGAUCGGUCUUUGUUAUAUCCCCUUCGGCGCCGGGGCGUGCAUAGGCUCCAUUGCCAAUGGCUUCCUCCUCGACUACAACUACAGCCGCAUCGCCAGGGAACUCGGCGUCCCCAUCGUACACAACAGGCAGCAGGACCUCCGCCAUUUCCCCGUCGAACGCGCACGGCUGCAGACCAUGUUUCCGCUGAUGUUCGUGAGCGUGUGCGCCAUUGUUGCUUUUGGAUGGGUGUUACAUUUCCGCGUCUCGAUUGCCGCGCCGCUGGUGCUUCUAUUCAUAUCCGGGGCCGCAAUUACAGGUACCGUCAAUACUGUAAGUACACUCCUCGUGGACUUGCAUCCGGGUAAGGUGGCUACGGUGACAGCUUCAAAUAAUUUGGUCCGUUGUUUGGUUGGUGCCGGUGCCACGGCAGUUAUUUCUCCAAUGAUCAGUGGUAUGGGUGUUGGGUGGUGUUAUACCCUUAUUGGUUUUAUCAUCGCGGCCACUUCCCCUGCUAUGCUCGUUGGUAUACGCUCUGGACCGAAGCGGAGGGAACAGAAACGCCUUAACGCUGAGGCGCAAUCAGCAGGCUGAGGAGCGUGGAGUACAUCAAAUAGGUAUGACCCGAGUUCCAGGGAAUUGAGAGUCGACUUGGAAAAUCAUGGAUUAACGUAUAUAUAAUGUCUGGCGGACUCAUCUGUACGAAAUCGUGAAGAAUUGGAACAGGAGUGAGCGAGAGCAAUAUAUUCCAAGGCGUAACGAUCAGAACAUGAUUGAUAUAUAUAAUAGGAUAAUAUAUGAACAAGAUAAUCGUUAUUUAGUUAAUCUGUAAUCAUAUCCAACCAUACAUAUACUGUACAUACAAGACCCCAACCUCAUUGAAAGGCAAAAUACGCUCGUUCCAGCGGCUGGCG